AUGGAACAGAUUAAAAGGCCUGAUACUGCUGGUAUGGACUUCAUCAAUCAUCUGCAUAACUGUGUGAAAGAUCAGGGUCAAAAAAUUUUCAUUGAAACACCUUUCGUAAAUAAAACUUCUCUUGCAAACGUUGUGCCUGAAGAGGGGUUUUUGGACGGGCUUGGUGUGACACCCCCGAGCCUCAGGCGAGCGCAGCCGGUUCAGCCGACCAAGAAGCUGCCGGGGGCGGGGACCAGCGCCGGGCAGCGAAGGCACCCGGCUCGCUGUGCACCGCGGGCUGCGGGGACACCGCACCUGCAGGCAGGAUUCGGGCGUUGGGAGCGAUUCGCCACACGGCGACCGAAGAGCCAUUUAAGCGCGAUUCCGACUCUUCACUUGCUCAAAAUUCUCUCUGUUCCAGGUUUGGGUUUGCAAAUACAGUGCUACCAGUGUGAGGAGUUCCAGCUAAAUAAUGACUGCUCUGCUCCAGAGUUCAUCGUGAAUUGUACAGUGAAUGUUCAAGAUAUGUGUCAGAAAGAAGUAAUGGAAAAAAGUUUUGGAAUCAUGUAUCGCAAAUCCUGCGCGUCUUCAGCAGCGUGUCUGAUAGCAUCUGCUGGGUACCAGUCCUUUUGUUCUCCAGGGAAGGUGAACUCUGUUUGUAUCAGCUGCUGCAACACUCCGCUCUGCAAUGGACCCCGGCCAAAGAAGAGGGGGAAUUCUGGCGUAGUGCUGAGGGCACACGUGAUAACCACCGUUCUGCUCCUUAAAUUGGCUCUGUUGUUUUUGUAUUGCUAA